AUGACGUAUGAAUACGACUGUGGGGUUUCUGCAGUAGGAAUUUACGGCGACCCUGCUAUCAAAUACUUGUUCCUCCCUUUUUCGGGCUUGACAAUGCUGAUCAUGUUUAUGGUGUAUGCGUAUAUUUACUUAAUUGCGUCAAAGAAAGGAAAAGAGAAUGCACUACGCCUGGGAAAGAAAAUUAGAAGACGAGAAAUGAAAGUGACGAAAACCACAGCCAUAGUGCUUAUUUCUUUCACACUGUGUAUUACGCCAACUGUUCUCAAAGGCACAGUCAUAGCAUACAUUAAUAGUUCCACAUGGAUUAUGAUUUAUAGGUGGUUUUCAGCUUUAUUCCUCUUUGCUAACUCAAUGAUGAAUCCGUUAAUUUAUGCAGGAAGAAGUAAAGAAAUGAGAAAAGAGUUCAAAGAAACAUUUGAAUUAAUCGUUUGCAAGGUUUCAUCCGGAUCAGUAAAAGCGGACUCAGAUACAAAGGCACCCACUCGCCGACAGUCGCCUAAAGUUGAUUUGGUGACAACGUCGUUAACAAACUUGGCAACUCGUUUUGGACGUCAUUUGGAAACGCAGGCGACGCAGUGGCGUAACUAG